AUGGUCUCCCAGGCCCAAAUCCUGGACCGCUCCCUUCCCACGCAGAGCGCUACUUCUUCCGUGUCGCGUCACUCUGGCCGGCGACAUCGCUCAAGCCGCUCCCACCACGGUGGACUUAUUCACCAACCUCAGAAUGAUUUCCCCAUUUUCACCCACACUGGCGAUGUCGAGAUUAUUAUCCGCGCAAGUGGACAAGAGAGACGGUACCUAUUACAUCGGUUGAUUUUGGCACAAUGUUCAGGCUUCUUUGACACAAGUACCCGCGAUGAAUGGUCCCGACAGGCUGCUGCAUCGAGGCCACCCAUUCCGGAUCCCGCGGUGCUAUCCCGAAUUAGCGAAGAUAAUUCGUCUUUGUCGAACGGUUCCACUCUUGCUCAGUCUGAAUCGGGGGCAUUGUUUUCUCCAGAAAAAAGACGAUGGAGAUUUGAGCUAGACUGGGAAAACAAAGCGGAAGACGAGGAGCCAAUCCUCGUUCAAAAGGUCGGUCCAUUGCCCCCAAGCUUUUCUAGCACUUUUGGAAACAACCUGGGACAGUACCCUCCGUCGGUAACGAAACCAUCAGGCACACAAGCAGGCUUCAUUCGUUCGAUGGCAAAUCUGGCCGGAAUGCAAUCCGUUAUAAACAUACCGCAUGCAGAUACGGGAAACGCACCAAUAGACCCUACGAUCCGCGACUACGAUAAUCUUUUCCGCUUGUUCUACAACCAUCCGCCGGCGCUAAAUAGCGUCAACAUUGCGACUGCCUACGCCGAAUGCAGGUCUCUCCUUGCGCUAGCCGACAUGUACGAUGCCCUUCCAGUGACGGGACCGCGAGUUGAUCACCAUCUUCUCGGAUUUGGGUCCCGGCUCUUCAAGCAAAUCGCGAAAUACCCGCCGAGCUACCUCAAGCUGGGUUAUCUUGCCCGCAGUCGCGUCAUAUACUCCGAAGCCCUAAUCCAUGUUGUCGGGCAAUGGCCUGCGGGACUACCACACCUGCGAAAUGGUGCCUACUCUCCGCUUCCAGAUACUGUGCUGGAUAUUAUCGAGGAUAAGGUCGAGGAUCUGGAGUAUAUGAAGUCGCGCAUUGACUCCAAACUUUUGCGACUCACGCUCACUACUUCCCGCGGCGAACGUGUGACGCCCACCAACGCAUACCUCGAUUGGCUUGCCGUCUCCCUCUUCCGGCAAUGGCUUGUGGACAGCACCACCCCCCCUCCAGCUCCAAUACUGAAGAAUUCUUCAGCGAAUGCCGCGAACACAAGCAGCCACAGCCGUCCCUCACAGUCCACUGCGCACCGGGGUCAAGAACAUGGCUCGGCCGCUUCGAAAGCCGCUAUUGCGGCUCCUCUAUCCUCCGCACGAGUAUACCGCCUGAUCGGUUCGGCCUCUACUCAGGCUUAUUUGCCUCAUGAUGAACUCAAGAAGUUUCUCAAAGUGCACCCGACCCCAUCGUCAGACUCCUUAUACUCCCGUGAUGUCCUGAAGAGAUUCGAGCGCAAAAUGGAUGAACUCAAACGACUGGCUCGGGAAAUCGUGAGGCCCUUAAUGAGGAACUUCCUCGAGCUAGACCUCAAAGGCGGCGAACUAGACAGCAGUUCAGGUGGCCUUCCUCAUCUAACCUGCAUCAAAAUCGAAGACGAAGAUAUUCCUUGGGAUUAA